AUGGAAGAAGAUAAUUCUCGUGCUGAGAGAAAUUCCAUAUUUUUUCAAUCCCUCAAAAGAAGGAUUAAGGAUAAAGAUUAUAGGGAAUACAUUAUUGAUUUUUUGAGAGAUAUAGGCCAUAUUGAUUUACCAGAAAAUUACGAAACCUUUCCCUCAGAUGAAGAUGAAGAUGAAGAUGAUUAUUAUAAGAAUGAUGAUAUUGAUUUUGGACCCAUGUCACCAAAUAGAGAACAGUCAGAAUCAGAAUCAGAAUCAGAAUCAGAAUCAGAAUCAGAAUCAGAAUCAGAAUCAGAAGCAAUUCCAAAACCAAAACCUUUUAGACCAAGGAUUGCUAAAUUCUCUAUAGCUGAUAUUGAUCAUGAGAGGGAUCAUCCUGAAGAAAGUGGUGCUUAUACAGGCCCUACCAGUGCAUACACUCAUAAUGAAAUUUUGGAAAAAUCUAAACAGGCUCUACCAGGACAAGAGUUACUAGAUUCGAUUGCAAAAAGUUUCCCAGAAACAGAAGCUAUUAACUUCAUUUAUGAUCGUCAGAUUUUCACUGAUCAAGAAGCGUUAUCCGAACGUUGUUUUUUAUUCUUUAUGUUUACAAAAAAGAUAAUUUACACUUGUGAUUCCAGAAAAGAGCAUGUGUUGAAGUUGAAAGAUGCCACAAAUAUUACAAGAAGAUUUAAAUGUUGGUACUGCAACCACUUUUUAUUUAAAAGUGUUGAAUUAUGUGAAACAGGAGAAACCAUAUUACAUCUUGCUGAUGGUGCCAAAGAUCAUAAAUGUCAUCUUUCAGAUAUAAAAUCCAGAAUGGACUAUUUGAUUAAAAAUAGAGAUAAUAAAUUUAGAAAAGAACAUCAAGACCAGGAAAUUUCAGAUGAUCUUUUUAUGAACAACACUUUACAUACAGUCUAUGAGUCUUAUAAGGAUAAUAUUGAUGUUUUGAAAGCAAUGUUAAUCAUUAGUGGUAAUAAAAAUCUUUACAAUAAAACCAUUAUUAAUCAUAUAUUAAAGAUAUCAUUACCAUUUAUUGCUAAACAAAUAGAAGGCAUAAAGAACCUGUCUAUACAUCAGAAGGCUAACCAUGUUGUGGACAAUGCAACCAAAUUAUUGUUGUUAACAUUAGAUGUCCACAAGGUUGUGCCAUCUGAUGUUAAUUCCAAUAACUUAAUCAAUGUUGAUCCAAAAGCGUUGGUUAAUUUGUAUCAUCAACAAGUUAGAUUAACGAUAAGACGAGGAUCGUACUGGGAGAAUUACAACACCACUACCGAUAAUACUGUUUUGGCUAUACUGAUGCUGUUAGACAGUUACCAGAAUGCUAAUGCUAUUGCAUUUGCAAAAGAAAAGAUUAUUGUUACUAAAAACAUAUCUCAGUCACAAAUAGAAGAACUUAAAGGGAUUUUUUAUGGAAAGAAGGUUAAUUUAAAUGGAAAUGGUGAUAUGAAUGGUGAAGUUGAUCCUAUACACGAUUCUGAUUCUGAUGAUGAUGGAGAUGAUGGAGAUAUAAGAAUUGAUCCAUCGAAAAUUAAUUAUGAUGAUUCGGAUGAUGAAUAUUAUGAUGAAGAAUAUACUGAUGAAAGUUCAAAUCCAACUUCUUCUGAUCAAAACUCACAAUCACAAUUUGUAGAACAUUUCAUCGCAAAUGGUCCAGAAAUUGUCCAAGAUCUAAGGUACUUUAAUAAAGAUUUAAAAAAAUUAAUAGCAUCAAAUGAAGAAAAAUACAAUGAAAUUAUACAGUUUAAAGAGCAGAAUCCUGAAGAAUCUAUUGACUCCAUGUAUUAUAGCUUACCAAUUCCCCCUGAUAUAUAUAAAACUUUAUUACCAGUAUUUUCAAUUGACAGCACCUUUAUCAAAAAAGGUGCUAAAUUUGAGAACAUUUUUAUAAUCGUGGGUGUGACAUCAAAUUAUAAUACAAUUCCAGUUGGUUAUAUGAUUGUGAAAGAUGGUGAAUCCAUCAUUAACUGGUGUAGGUUUCUAAAAUCAUUUGUUAUUCUUAAUCGUGAUUUGUUGAAUCUCAAAACAAUCAGUUUUAUAACUGACAAUCACAAUUCUAUAAAGAAAUCAAUAAGUUGGAUUUUCAAUGAUGGUGGAAACGGUGAUGCAAAGGUGCAUUUUCAAUGUGUAUCACACAUCACUAGAAAUUUGCUCAAAACAGCUGGUGCUAAAAGUUCACCUAAAAUUAGAACAUAUUUCAAUAGAAUUGUUCAAACCUUGGAUAGUAACACUUUUAAACUGAAUUAUGAUAAAUUAGUUACCAUCUUUGCUAGCAGCUCGAAAAGAAUUUCUGGGACUUUUGAUUUAAUAAAAAAUCAAAAUGAUACAUUUUGCAGAAUUAAUCGUCAUCAAAAUUUUGAAAUUUUCACCAGUAACAUGGUGGAAAUCUUCAACAACAAAAUAAAGAUUGAUAGACGUAAAAAUUUACCAUCAUUGAUCUCUGCAACUUUAUCUCAGAUGCAUUUUUCUUUAUUUAAUGAACAAAUCAAGUCAAAAGCUUUACAAAAUCAACUUCGAAAGAACCCUGAAGUUAUGAUUUCAUUAGAAAUUGCAAUAUCCACAAUGUUUGAUGUAAAGCAGCAACCAGAUCAAAAUAAUAAGAAAAUCUUCAUUGUGAAAUCCAACGGGAAAAUAAAACAUUCUGAUCAGCUGGUAAGAUUGUCGAAAAUAUAUAACAAGCUAUUGAAAAGGAAAUCAUCAUAUAGUUGUUUUAGAAGGCCACUUUUCCAAUCUUAUAUUGAUUUAAAACCAACAGUGACAUAUGACCAAGAAAAUGAAACUAUGUGUUGUGAUGUUUGUGUUGGUGAACAACUUUUUGGUUGCUGUCAUUUAUUUAGUGUCAUAACUUAUUUGUUCAACAUUGAAUUACCUUUUGAUUCUUUAUAUCAAAUUAAUAAUUUCAAAAGUUUGAUUUUUGAUGAAGAAAGAAACAUUAGAAAAUUAUUUGGAGUUUCUGAAUUAUGUUUUUAUGGUCCACCUGUUGAAUUUGUCCCUUUUUUGAAUCCCAACGAAUUCAAAGCUUUUUCACACAGAAUUUUGGAUUCUUUAACACACAAAAUUGAUGUUGUUGAUUCUGAAGCCAGACAUCUCUCAGGUAAAGAAAGGGGUACCAGACAAUCCAAGCGUGCUAAUAACAGAUUAACUAGACUCCAUUUUGUUGAUAAUGACAUGGAAAAUGGUGAUGAUCAAAACAAUAAUUGA